CUUGCAACACAAAUGCCCUUGUCAAACACUAUCGUCGAUUUCUGGAGAAUGGUUUAUGACUAUCGAUGUUUCAAUAUUGUUAUGCUGAAUGAAAUCGACACAGAUGACAUGAAACAAGGACAAUACUGGUCUGACGACAGCGCUUCAAUUCACGGCCCAUUUAUCAUUGAUGUAACAUCAACUGUAAAACAUGACAACUAUAUUCAACGAACAUUUUCACUUACAAACUCCAAGAAAGUGGGUGUAGAGCCACGUGUCAUUGGUCAUUUUCAAGUUAUAAAUUGGUCACAAGAUUCAGAUGUCCCAAUAGCCAAGGGUGUACUAGCAGAGGUUAUGCAACAAGUGGAGAACUCACAACAUCAAUAUGGCAAUGGGCCAAUCGUAGUGCAGUGCAGAAACGGUUCAGGGCGAAGCGGCAUAUUCUGUGCUUUAAUGGCCACAUGUGCUCGGAUGAAAGCAGAACAAAUUAUUGACGUAUUCCAAGCCGUGAAGACAGUGCGUGAUAAUAGAACGGGUAUGGUUGAGUCGGUGGAUCAGUACAUACGCUGUUACGAAGAAGUAUUGUCAUACGUCGAGUGCAUUGACGAAGAAGACUGACAAAGACUGAGGAAGUUGAAAAAAGACAUAUAAAGACAAUUACUAUUAAGCCUGCUGCCACAUACGCUGAGCGUGAUUUUUAUCUAAUUUGUAACAAUUGUUUCCAUUUUUCUUUAUGUUCCUAACACUCGAGAAAAUGAAAGUGAAAAGAAUUUAAUAAUUAUUUAAAAUGUUAUCCAUUAAUUAUCAUGUAUAUUUCAUUAUCAUACAUUAGCAUGUACAAUAUACCUAACUAUACCAAUCUCCAGAGCCCCGUGACUAAGAACUCGCUACACUCUGUACAUAUAUUGGUUUGUAAUUAGCAAACAUCAAUAUUCUGUAAAUACAAAAUAGCAUGUUUGCCGAACUGUACUUAAUUCCCAUUAUAUCAAUUAGUGAACUUACCACUUAAUCUCGUUUUCUAUGAAAAUCGUAUACAAGAGUUUUCAAUAUAUGCAAAUGAAUCUAGAAUAUAUGUGAUGUCCCACUCGUUAUACACUACGGCACAACGCCUAGCUACGACGGAAAGUAAUAUA